UUGGUUGAAUUGUGUCAGAGAGGUAAGUAGCAGUCGGUGAUUUAGAAGCAUUCAUCUGUGUCAAAUCUCAUCCCUAGAAAUCAAACACUGAAUGAAAUGUUUUCCCACGGUCCUUGUCUAUGGAAGCUCUUUUGUAGACAUGGGCUCCAUGGGGGAUUGUUAGAGUGCCCCAGAUUGAGAAAGAAGGAUGAGCUUGUGGGGGGGGAGAGGAGGAGAGCUCACCUUCCUGCUACCUUUGUGACUUCAAGUUCAGUGUUUGAUGUCUUUAUUUUGACCCUUCCCAUUUUGUGCAGAGCAUCUAUUAAGAACAUCUUCAACCAGCCGACCCGCUUCUUUGCCGAGAGUACCUGCCAUGGAAAGUGCCAAGACCAUCUCAGUGUCUCGACGAAGUAGUGAAGAGAUGAAACGAGACAUCUCUGCACCUGAGGGAGCGUCGCCGGCCUCUCUUAUGGCUAUGGGAACCACGUCUCCACAGCUUUCCCUGUCCUCCUCUCCCACGGCAUCUGUUACCCCCACCACCCGAAGUCGGAUAAGGGAAGAAAGGAAGGACCCUCUGUCAGCAUUGGCGAGAGAAUAUGGAGGUUCAAAGAGGAAUGCCUUGCUGAAGUGGUGUCAGAAGAAAACAGAAGGCUACCAGAAUAUUGACAUUACAAACUUCAGCAGCAGCUGGAAUGACGGACUGGCCUUCUGCGCUCUCCUGCAUACGUACCUUCCGGCCCACAUUCCGUAUCAAGAGCUGAACAGCCAAGAUAAGCGAAGGAACUUCACCCUGGCCUUCCAGGCGGCCGAGAGCGUUGGCAUCAAAUCCACACUGGACAUUAAUGAGAUGGUGCGGACUGAGCGGCCUGAUUGGCAGAGCGUGAUGCUCUACGUGACCGCAAUCUACAAGUACUUCGAAACCUGAGCACACCGGAAGGACUCUCCCCGUUACCAAGUGAUACCAACGCCAUUAGCUACGCACCCCGUAAAGCUUUCAACAACUCUCUGGGCCGCCCCGCAGCGUGUGAGCCUUCAGCCGGGGCUUCUGAGUCAGGAGAACUCGGGCCUCCGUGGCCCCCGGCUCGCGGCCGGCUCCGCGCACACGACCCGUCCGGCCAAGGUCGGCGUGGGCUCCAUGCACGGCGCACACGCUGUUUGCUGCCAGAGUUUUUUCUGAAGAGAAUAUUGAACUGCAUUAGUGCCGUGGGGUGUAAAAACCAGCUCAUGCGCAGCUCAAGUCGGGGAAGGGGCUGAAACUCUGGGGGCAGCUGAUGGGGGGUUAGUGAAAGCUUUAGCCACAGCGCUUCUUGACUACUCGCCGGUGCGGCUUCUGGCACCCGUGAGAACCAGGCCGGGGACUCGGUGCCUGACAGAGGUGCCUGGAGAGCAGGCUGCGGCCCUGGACGUGGAGGGCCACGGAGUGCAUCACCAUGGCAGUGGGGCGGCCACUGAUUGCACGUGGCAGGGCUGUCCUGGCCCGCGUGAUUUAGGUGUUUACAACUUGAGCUAACAGAUGAUCGUGACUCGAGGUCCCAGCUGGUGGCGCCCGCAGCUGCUGAAGGGUUGGUUUUGCGCCUGGGCCCCCGUCGAGCAGAGGCGGCCCCCUGGCCUCGCCGCUGCCAACCUGUCCUUUAGCCUGGAAGGGGCUUGGGAACCCAGCUCUGACUUUAGGUUUCUGGACAAAAGAAUUGGUCAAAAGGAGUUCUAGUUAAAAAAAAUUUUUUUUCCUUAAGAGCAAUAUUGGGGGAAGAUACCUCCUGUUGUGUUAGUACCAAAGUUAAAUUGUCUUAGUAAACAUAGAGAUAAAACACAAAAUCUGGACGCGAGCAUGGUGAAAGCCAGAAAUGAAGUCAGAAGUAGCAGGAGAAAAAGCCGAACAGCUGGAGGGAGCCCAGCCGGGUAAUUUAAAGUCACUGAGUCACUCAGACAAAAUCCUCCUGGGCAAGAAUUUAAGGAAGUGCCUUCAGUCUCCUUGCACGGGUACACCGGAUAGAGGGUCUUGGAGGCUGCCGUGACCACAGCCAGAGCAGAUGGUGUCAGGGCUGGUGGCCUGCAGCCCCGUGAUGGAGUUGGUCCCUUGCCACGCACGCCAAGUGACAGGCAGCCGCACCAGCACCCCUUCCGUGCGGUGGAAUCGAAGCCUUAUGAGGGGUUCUGUUGAGGCGACUCUCAGGCUGGGACCCAGCCCUUCUUGGGAACAGGGAUCCCACGUCUCAUGCGCCUAAGACAAUAGCUGUUGGUUUAAACAGUGUCGAGACCUGUUGCUUCUAGAAUACAACUGUGUUUGGUGCCUGCAAAGUAGCACGAGGAAGAGUUGCCACCAGUGGGAGCAGGAUUGCUGCCCCAGCCACAGGAUGCGAAGAAGGCUGCCCAGCCAGCACGUGGGCCCGGGGGUUCUGCGUUCAUGCGUGAUGUUCUAGACUAGGAGUAUGACGUGUCUGUAGCCUAGGAAAGAACGUGGUUAUUGUGCAGUGGGCUGUGUGUGUGUGUGUGUGUGUGUGUGUGGCCUGCUGGCCCAUGGUCACCAGCUGGCUGGUAAGUGCCCGUCAACCCUGCCCAGAUGCCCCAACUGGAGGCUUUUUGUGAAAUGCCUGUUUUCAGCUAAGGGUGAGGCUCAGUGAGCAGAAUCCAGCCCCAGAGCGCACCGGAAGACCCUGGCGGAUACCUGUCCCCAUCCUCCCUGACCAGGUUCCAUUCUGGCUUCUGUUGUUCUGUUGAUAGGUGCCCUGUGCUGUCAGAUGAGGGACUGUUAGGUGAGAAUUAUGCUUUUUUAAAUGUCUCUCCACUCGGUCUUCCUGAGUCCCACUUUCGCUCUCAUUUGCCCUCAUGGAAGCCUGUGCUCUUGUCUGGACCCAGUGUGUCUGACUGUGGCCAUGUUUUUAUUUAUUAUCGUUGGGGGGUGCUUUUUUGUCCAAUGAAGACUUUCCUGGGUCGGCAGUUCACACAUUGGUCCCUUCCUAGCCAAGUGAGCCAGCCGUGGCAGCUCAUGCUGGGGGGCCUGGGGCUGUGCCCACAAGGCUGCCACUGGGGUCAGUGACUGGAAAGGGUGGCCGCGGGAAGUGCCGGGACCAGGCCCAGCCUGUUUAAGGGCCCAUCUCUGCCUCCCUGACAGAGGCUGUGCAGGGGUGCCCAGCCGGGCCGCCUACAUUUGCACGUGGGUCCACAGGCGAGAAGAUUCUAGAAGCAUGACUUUUCUUUUUCUAAUAGGAUCUUUUUAUAACACUGUUGGCUUUAUGGGAUAAUUCUAGGUGGUCAUAUAUACCUAAAAGUGCUACUGUGAGGUGCUUUUGGUCCAGUGACCCUUGACGUGAAGCCUCCAGGAAGUCAUUUUGCCUCUUCUCCCUUCAAGCACAAGCUUUCCUGCAAAAGGGCCAGUUACAUUUCUGUAUCUCUCAACCACGGGCUUCUGCUGACUGACAGUACUUUUUUAAAAAUUUUGUUCUAUUAAAUAUUCUCGAAUGUAUUAAAAUUGCUGAAAUGCA